AUGGCGCAAAUAGAAAAGUCGGAAUAUGUUGAUGCCGUUGGAAGAAUUGUCACGCUUAUUGCUCAACGAUCGAUAACUCCUUGGUGCUGGCCGGAUUUCCUAUUCAAAAUGUUUCCAAUUGGUCGAGAACAUGAGAAGUUAUUAAAAAUUCUUCAUGAUUAUACGAGAAAAGUAAGAGUAGCAGAAAAAGAAGUCUGCGAAAUAAGUGUUAUCUUUUUUCCACAUAGAUCAUUAAUGUUCGAGCAGCAGAAUUUGAAAAAAAAACAAUUGAGCGCCAAACGUAUGGCAUUCCUUGAUACGCUCUUGACAAAAAUGCAUGAAGAACAACUUUCAAGGGAUGAUAUUCAAGAAGAAGUCGACACAUUUAUGUUUGAGGUAUGUCAACGCUUUGCGUUAGUAGAAGAAAAAGUACUUCUAUCAACAUUAUUGAGAAAAUUUGUUUUAACAACCACAUAG